AUGUCUUUGAAAGAUUUUUAACUGCUGUCCAAAUUAGGUGAGGGAGCUUAUUCGUCUGUAUAUAAGGUAAAAAGAUUGGAGGAUUCAUAAGAAUAUGCUUUAAAGAAAGUGAAAUUAUAGAACUUGAAUGAUAAGGAAAAAUAAAAUGCAAUGAACGAGGUUCGUAUAUUAGCCUCUGUAAAACACCCAAAUAUUAUCAGUUAUAAAGAAGCUUUUAUUGAUAUUCAAAGCAAUUCAUUAUGUAUUGUAAUGGAAUUUGCAGACGGUAGCGAUUUGUACUAAAAAAUUGUAAACUCUAAAAAAACUGGGAAAUUGAUUGAGGAACAAAUAAUUUGGAAUACUUUUAUUUAAAUAGUGAGGGGAUUGAAAGCAUUACAUGAAUUAAAAAUUCUACACAGAGAUCUAAAGAGUGCAAAUGUAUUUUUAUACUAGAAUGGAGAUGUAAAAUUGGGGGAUAUGAAUGUUUCUAAAGUUGCUAAGAAGGGACUUCUUUACACUCAAACAGGAACACCGUUUUAUGCAAGUCCUGAAGUGUGGAAAGAUCAACCUUACGAUCAGAAAUCAGACAUCUGGAGUUUAGGUUGCGUUGUGUAUGAGAUGGCAGCCCUAAAGCCCCCAUUUCAGGCAGAGAGUAUGGAAGAAUUAUAUCAGAGAGUUAUUAGAGGGUAUUAUCCUAGAAUUUCUCAUAAUUAUUCUCAAGAUCUCAGCAAUGCAAUAAGGUCAAUGUUGUAAGUGAAACCUCAUUUGAGACCAAAUUGCGAUAAAUUAUUAUAAUUUCCAUCUCUUUUGAAAAGAUAGGAGGAACUACCAAAACAAGAAUAAACAGAUAACGAACCUAAUACAUUGUUGUCAACCAUUAAGUUUCCUAAGAAUUACCAUUAUUUUACAUCCAUGCUUCCAAAACCUUGUUAUGAGUGUGUCAAUAGAAAACAAAUAAAAUCUUUACAUUCUCAACAAGCAAGUCCGAAUCCAAGAUCUUUAAUGAGUGUGAAUGGAAGUUAUGAAGAUGUAACUAGUUAAAAGUCUAUUGAUAAAAAAGACCACGUACAUAAUAAUCGCAAAGCUUAACCAGAAUAUAGAAUUUAUUUCGAUAGCCAACAAGUAAAUAAGAAAGCCGAUUAUGAAGGUCAGACCGAAUAGACAUUAAAGUUAAGAGGAAGUGAGUGUUUUGGAGGUGAUAACUCAACAUUAAUCGAAAAUAUCUUUGGAGAACAAUAGAUUGCCCAUACUUGA